GAGGCACGUGAUAGACAGUCUAUUUACAACCGGGACUGUCACUGAUGCAUUCGAGCCGGUCGACUGGGGAGGCGUGAGGAGAUUGCGGGUACAUAUCUCAUCUGGACAAAGGUACAGUCUGCACACUAACUCACGAUGCUGCGGCUCAAGGCCCGAGCCGGUCAGAUAUGCCAGGCAGCUGGUCAGCUGACCCGUGUUGUCCAAUCAAGUCCUCUCAAGGCCACCCAGCCCCAGGCCCUACGAUACUACUCAGCAGAUGAAUCGACCACAGCCCAGCCCAUCAAGAAACUCCUUGUGGCUAAUAGAGGUGAGAUUGCUAUCCGAGUGUUCCGAGCAUGUACGGAAAUGAACAUUCGUACGGUGGCCAUCUACUCCGAGCAGGACAAGAUGCACAUGCACCGACAGAAGGCAGAUGAGUCCUAUUUCAUCGGCAAAGGUCUUCCUCCAGUAGCAGCCUACCUCAAUAUUCCAGAAAUCAUCACAGUCGCUCAGGAGAAUGAUGUAGAUGCAAUACAUCCUGGCUAUGGGUUUCUAUCGGAGAGAUCUGACUUCGCCAAGGCAUGUACUGAUGUCGGGAUCAAGUUUGUCGGACCCUCUUCAGAAGUGGUGAGGAAAAUGGGAGACAAAGUGGAAGCUAGACAAGCAGCCAUUGAAGCAGGUGUCCAAGUAGUGCCAGGAACGCCAGGCCCGGUUGCAUCAGCCAAGGAAGCUCUAGAGUUCUGUGAGCAGUAUGGACUUCCUGUUAUUUUCAAGGCAGCCUACGGUGGUGGUGGGCGUGGAAUGAGGGUUGUCAAGAAUAUUGAGGAUGUAGAGGAGAACUUUGACAGAGCGUACUCAGAGGCAUUGUCAGCGUUUGGAAAUGGAGCACUCUUCCUGGAGAAGUUUAUCGAGAGGCCAAGACACAUAGAAGUCCAAAUCUUAGGUGACGGCCAUGGGAAUGUGAUCCACCUGUACGAGAGAGAUUGCUCGGUGCAGCGGCGACAUCAGAAGGUGGUGGAGAUAGCGCCGGCGCCCCACCUGCCACAACACCUACGUGACAGUAUGACGGCAGAUGCUGUGAAACUGGCACGCCAUGUUGGAUACAAGAAUGCAGGAACAGUAGAGUUUCUGCUUGACAAAAAUGGCCAUUACUACUUCAUCGAAGUGAAUGCUCGUCUGCAGGUGGAACACACAGUGACAGAGGAAGUUACAGGGAUUGACCUGGUUCAGUCUCAGAUCCGAAUCGCAGAGGGCAAGUCUCUUCCAGAGCUUGGUCUCCGCCAGGAGGACAUCCGGCUCAAUGGAGCAGCCAUUCAGUGUCGGAUGACCACGGAAGACCCAGCCCGUGGGUUCCAGCCAGACACAGGCAGGAUUGAGGUUGUCUGUCCUGGCUGGAGUAUUGACAGGUCAAGGUAUUCCAGUGGGGAAGGUAUGGGAAUCCGUCUGGACAGUGCGUCAGCCUUUGCAGGGGCAAUUAUCUCCCCCUACUAUGACUCUCUGCUGGUCAAGGUCAUUGCUCAGGCCCGUGACCAUCCAUCAGCAUGUUCCAAGAUGUUACGAGCUCUCAAAGAGUUCCGUAUUCGGGGUGUCAAGACCAACAUUCCGUUCCUCCUGAACGUGUUAGAGAAUGAGGAAUUCCUCACAGGCGUUCUGGACACAUACUUCAUCGAUGAAAACCCCCAGCUGUUCAGCUUCUAUCCGAGCCAGAACCGCGCCCAGAAACUCUUGUACUACCUGGGUCAGGUGAUUGUCAACGGGUCCUCCACCCCACUAGCCACCAAUCUGAAGCCAUCUGAAAUCACCCCAUCUGUACCCGAGACUCCUGUAGGCUUCCAAGCCACUAAGCCACCUGAGGGAUGGAGGGACGUCCUGUUGAAGGAGGGACCAGAAGGUUUCGCCAAGAAGGUCCGGGAACACAAGGGCCUGUUGCUGAUGGACACCACCUUCCGAGAUGCCCACCAGUCGCUGCUGGCAACACGUGUCCGCACACACGACCUGAAGCGGAUCUCACCCUACGUCGCCCACAACUUCAACAACCUGUUUAGCUCAGAAAAUUGGGGAGGUGCUACCUUUGAUGUUGCCCUGCGUUUCCUACAUGAAUGUCCCUGGGACCGCCUGGCGGAGCUACGGAAACUGAUGCCAAAUAUUCCCUUCCAGAUGUUGCUGAGAGGGGCCAAUGCUGUCGGCUACACCAACUACCCAGACAAUGUGGUCUUCAAGUUCUGUGACGAAGCUGUCAAACAUGGAAUGGACAUUUUCCGUAUCUUUGACUCUCUCAACUAUUUACCAAACAUUGUUGUGGGAAUGGAUGCUGUCGGAAAAGCAGGUGGUGUGAUUGAGGCUGCUAUCUCCUACACCGGUGACGUGUCCGACCCCACCAGGACCAAGUACAACCUCGACUACUACGUCGACCUGGCAACCGAGCUUGUCAAGGCUGGGACACACAUCCUGGGAAUUAAGGACAUGGCAGGUCUGCUCAAACCUCAAGCUGCCGAGCUUCUGAUCAGCACCCUCCGAGAUAAAUUCCCUGAUAUUCCCAUCCACGUGCACACCCAUGACACCGCAGGUGCAGGAGUGGCGUCCAUGCUGGCUGCCGCUAGAGCAGGAGCAGAUGCUGUAGAUGUUGCAGUGGACUCCAUGUCGGGGAUGACGUCACAGCCCAGUAUGGGUGCCAUUGUUGCAGCCACAGAGAGGACAGAUCUUGACACAGGUGUGACGCUAGAGGAUGUAUCGACAUACUCAGCCUACUGGGAACAGACCAGAAAUCUGUACGCCCCUUUUGAAUGCUGCGUCACCAUGAAAAGUGGCAACGCUGACAUCUACGUCAACGAGAUCCCAGGUGGUCAGUACACCAACCUGCAGUUCCAGGCUUUCAGUCUGGGGCUGGCUGACCAGUUUGAGGAGGUCAAGAAAAUGUACUCUGUGGCCAACAAGCUCCUGGGAGAUAUCCCCAAGGUGACUCCGUCAUCCAAGGUGGUGGGAGACAUGGCCCAGUUCAUGGUCCAGAACAAGCUGACUGGUGAGAUGGUUGAGGACAGGGCAGAAGAGUUGUCUUUCCCUAGCUCUGUUGUGGAGUACUUCCAGGGUUACCUCGGCAAGCCGCCAGGAGGCUACCCAGAACCACUCAGGACCAAGAUUCUGAAAGGUGCUAAGACAUUUGAUGGUCGCCCAGGAACGACUCUCCCUCCUUUAGACUUUGGCAAGCUGAAGGAGGAGCUAGUAGAGAAACACGGCCCCGUGGUGCGGGAUGUGGAUGUCAUGAGCUCAGCGCUCUACCCAAAAGUCCUCGACGACUUCAUGGAAUUCCGUAGUAAAUAUGGCCCGGUGGACACUCUGGAUACCAGACUGUUCCUAAUGGGACCCAAAAUCCCAGAGGAAUGUGAGGGCAGGUGGAGAUCGAAGCGUGGCAAGACCCUGUCCAUCAAGACACUUGCAGUUGGGGAUCUGAACAAGAACGGUGAGAGGGAAGUGUUCUUUGAGCUGAAUGGUCAGCUACGGUCGGUUCUCAUCAAGGAUGAAGAAGCAAUGAAGGAAAUGCACUUCCAUCCCAAGGCCCUCAAGGGAGUGAAGGGCAGCGUGGGGGCCCCAAUGCCAGGGUCAGUCAUAGACAUAAAGGUGAAGGUUGGUGACAAGAUCGAGAAAGGUCAGCCCGUGUUGGUGUUGAGUGCGAUGAAGAUGGAGAUGGUUGUCAGUGCACCGAUUGAUGGUGAGGUCAAGAGUAUCGCCGUCACUGAUGGCAUGAAGCUGGAAGGGGACGACUUGUUGAUGGACAUUGAGUGAUUGGUCAGACCAGGAAGACUGGCAGAAGAAACACUGACCAACAGAACUGACCUGACCAUAGGUUCUUAAUGUACGGAUUAUGAGGAAUAUUUUCACGAUGAUGGUGUUGGGAGACUGGACCAAUUCAAUUGGAAAAUGUCAUGAAAAGUGAUGGGUGAAAGUUUGUUGGUCAUCAAAUGGCGUUGUUGUGACGAAUAUUUUAACACGGUGAAUGAUUAGAAUCAUGGCAUACUCUAACCCGGAAAGGAACACAAGUUUAACAGAUUUUCAUUCUUUUAGUAUGCUUAAUCAGUUGAUUGUGUAUUGCUAGAUAUCUUAUGACAGAGAUAGUUAAAUGUACAAGUGAUCAUGUUCUAACAGUGUGCAUCGUAGACUACAUUAGAGCUCUAAUGGCAGUUGGGAGUGUUGUGGAUUUAGUAUGCAGGCAGUCAGAGUGUUUGUCACUGGUUAUAUCCAGCCUCUCUGGAAGUAGACCUGUUGCUGUACUGAUCGAUAUUAUGUGCAAAAUCACAAGCCCAAUGAGUGUAUAAUGACUUCUGGUUACAGCUACCGAUGUUUAUCGUGAAUGAUUCCACUGUGUUGAACCGACCUGAUAUUACCAGCAGUCUUUUACAGUCAGUAACAGAAGUUGUAGCAAAUAUUCAUAUUCAUAUGUCUAUACAAAAUAAAUACAAUUAGCCUUGUGUUGGAAUGAAGUAGAAAUGAACGUGAUAAAAUAAUCAAAUUUUGGUGAGUGUAAUGCUAUAUACCUCUCAGUGGGUGCAGUUUUUACAUCAUGUUCCCAAAGCCAACUAUUGCAUGGUGUGUGUUCCUGUGUACAUUCUAUCUUAUGUAGACUUAAUAGUUCUUAAGGGUAUGCAGUGGUGCAAGAUAUUUCUUGUAAGUUGUUUGGUUUUUGACAGAUAUGUUUUAAAGCUUGUUACACAUUUGUUGUUACCAGGGACAGUUGUGGGCACUAUGUGCACAUCUUGGUAACAAUUACUAGUCGUGUGGUUAAAUACUGUGUGACAUCAAUGAACAUAGGAAUGCAUAUACCUUCAUCCACAGUAACCUCAUGUAUUCAGAACAUGGUCAGCUUGAUGGUGAUUGGUUGUUUGUUGAAUGAUUGACACAUGGAGUGUUUGAGUGACAGAUAUGGACGUAUGUGUAUGAUGUGUCUGACCAGAGUUGUUGAAUGCUUGUGGUGCUUGCAGCAAGUGCAAUGUAUAUUGAUGAUCUACAGAAAUCCAUGGUGUUCACCGAGAUAUUGUUCAUAUGAUAUCUUUGUGUCAUACAGUUCAUCCAAACAUUCACAGCCUGUGAAGCACUGAUGUAAAUUUAAGCUAUUAUAUUACAGUACUUUCAAGUAAUAAUUGCUACAUAGUGUGAAUUAAUUUGUAAGAUAGGUUCCUGGUUUGAGUGCAGGGUAUAAAGUCUGGUAUACUGUUAUAACACCCACAUCUGUGGGGCUGUGUGUUACAAAACCCAUCAGCCUUGACAGAUUGACCGCAGUGAGAUGAACAAAUCAAGUGUUCUUGAUCUUAUUUCGAGAAGUAUGUAAUAUAUUUCACUAUAGAUAUUUACUUUAUGUCACUGUGUACACAGAUCAGAAAUAAAUUUAGGAUUGUGUUUUGUUUAAUUGUUAUUUCAUGUAUACAAUGUAUUGAAAUAUUAUUGAGUGGUGCAUGAGAUUCCAGUAUAUAUUGAGCCACGCAGUCGUCACAUAACAAUAGAGAAGGGAGGAUUUCCAAAGUUCAUUAAGUUCCAACAGCUGGUUAAUUAGUUGUCUAGUUCCUAUUCAAGGAUAAUAUAUAAGUAUAUAUCUAAAGACGUAUAUUUUGAUUAAACAUUCCAGUUUUUGAAAUUAUCUUUAAUAAUAAUUUUUGUUUGGAAACAUGGAAAUGAGUAUAAAUAUUUCCCUGUAAUAACAACAGUGCCCUAAUCAAGACUGAGUUAGACAAUCCAUCAAUGCAAAUUUUAAGUAGGAUAUUAGACACAUACUGUACAUACAUCAGACAUACUUUGAUAACGCAACUAGAUUUUAGUUAAGAUAUUUUGUGUUUUACUGCAUACAGAUGGUGUAGUGAUGUGUAUAUAUUAACAAGUAAUAUACUCAAGAUCAGAAAGGUAUUUUUAUUAAUUGUUAUAAGCUUACAUGUGAUUAUAUAUGUUUCACAAAAUAUGUUACAAAAAUUAUGGGACACAGAAAACUCUGUAUCACUGGUUGAGAAACUGUUGAAGCUGAAAUAUACCAGAGUUAUCUCCCUUCAAUUGACUAUCAGGUGCUGCUCUAGGUCAAAUUCCCCUGUCCGCUGAUUGCCCCUGAACGCUCUGAGGGCAAAGCAUGGAUUACAUUGUAUACAUAUUAUUGCCAUUUUGUGGUGCCAAAUAUCCCAAAGUAUCAACUGAUGGAUGCUAUGGAUGCUGUUGCAGUGAAACUAUAUCCGUACCAGCAUGACCAGUCGGUGAAUAUACACAGGGGUUGACACGAAUGGCUUAAUUAUGUAUCCAAUCAUGAAUUACUUCUCUAUUGAUUUUAGUGAAGAAGUAUUUACAAGUAUUCACUAUACCUGUUUCCUACUGAGGCUGGUAUUAUACCAGUUCAUGACCAAGCAUGAACCUGCAUGCCACAUUGGAUUGCGUCAUACUGUCAGAAGAAGGCUAAAUUACCUGUAGAAAUUAAACGCAAGUUAGCUGAGCUGACAUGGAACGUUUCACACAAAACUGCUGCACAGUAAGCUGUAUAGCCCUUUCAGUAUCACAAACUGUGUUGAUGUGUGUUGUAGGCAAAUCCUGAUUCCCCAGUGAAUAUCUGUGUUUGCUAAAACAGUAAACCUUUUAACCUCACUACUCCUGAAAUCCAUUUAUCUCAGACAAGUUUAGAUUCUAGAUAUGGUCUCGUCCAUGGUUUGUUGGGGGGUGGGAUACAUUGGUAAUAUUGGUAUAUGGUAGUAUAUGAAUACUCAGUCAUGUGAAUAACUUGUCAAAGAAUUUGGCUCCAAUUAAUUUGCUGUGUCUAUUUCAGGAUUAUUUAAGAACUGACUUCAACAUGUUUUGCAAUUAUGGAGUUUUAGACAUAACAUCUACGAUGUUUGCACAAAUCUGCCAUGUGUAUACACUGUAUAUUGAAGAAGAUAAACAUGUUAGCAGUAACAACUCUACUGACUGUGUAUAUAUUCAUUAACACAAAUAUAAGUGUGGACAAUCUAGAACAUUGUUCAACAGAGUAAUUCAAUGCAAGCCCUGCCAAUUCUGUUAUGAGCCAGUCAGUAAGUAGCAUUCCAUAACAUGGCUGAGGGUGAUUUAUGUUUGGUUUAUGGAAACAAUAGUACAAGACAACUGCUCUGGGGUACCCAAUCAAAUGGAUUAGAAUCAAUUGUUAUUGAAUUAUUUGUUUGUUGAUUAAAGGUUCCCUUUUAUCUGUCUCAACAACCUAUGCCAAAAUGAUGACAUACAAUUGUUUGAUCGGCAUUCAGGGUUGGUGAGUCAGUGAUAAAGCGUGGACGAGUUUAUAGAUAACAACUUCUUGUUUAUUGUUAUUCAAUUACAUGCUACUGUUAAUGUCACAUCUUACUAUAUUUAUACACUUCUCUACACUUGGUUGUAGUUACUUUAGCUUGAAACGGUGUAGGAAUCUACAAAAAACGUCGCUCUGUGCAAUAAACAACAAGUUGUUUUCCAUAGUCGUAUGCUUUAUUAAUGAUGACAUACAGUUAUAUGAAAUCCUAGACAUUAUAUUCAGGGAAAUAUUCAUAGAAUAUUUUUUAUUGAUAGAAACUCAUGAAUUUUCCCAUCCUCAGAAGGAAAAGGAUUGACAUUUAUAAAAGUUUGAAUAAUAUGGUUUCUUUAUGAGAGACUUGUUUAAGUAAGUUUCUAUGUUCCUUUGCUGUAAAUGUAUGGCUGAUGACGGCAGGUAACACUGAACAAGACCUUAAUAUAGUUGUGCCGCAUUUUGAUAUGGUGCUAAACUUGAGUGAAUGAAUGUUAUUAAGAAUGUCUGAAACUGCAGUAUAUCUUUUAACACUAAUAAGCUCAGCCAACACACCGCCACUAUAUAACAGAUAUUAAAGUAUCAGGCCAAACAGAUUGAUGUUUGUUUAAUGUAAAAACCUGCCAUAAAUUUAGCAAACAGUUGACUUUAUGAUUGAACAUACACAUAUUUUGAAUAAUAUUUUGCUUAGAUUCUUUUUAGAAUAUGGGUUUUUUGGCUGUGGGUCAAUAAAACAGAAAAAUCAAUAGGUCUGGCCUGAGCUUAACUACUCUUUUUAUAAGCCUCCUGUUUCUCCCGUUUGUACUCAUGCAUCUGUUGAUGGCGCACAAUAUAUAACUGGUAUACAUUUAAAUUGUCCGAGAAUUCCCCAUGAGGGAGACGAUAUUGAUUGCAGUGGUGAGAUGGUUUAUGUUCUUUCCUGCUUAAAUAAUGUAUGUAAAAAUAUAGCACAAGAAGAACAAUUUGAACUGUUGCCACACAGGAUGGUAUUGUGGCAUAGCAUACUGAAAAAGCUUGUUUACUCCUGUAGAUGAAGCUUUAAUUUAAUCAAUUUGCUUGUUAAGAGCAGACACAAGUUUGCCUGUUCAAAUAGUGACAAUGUAUCUAGCCACUUCUUGGCAUCUUAAGCCAAUAUUGUUGGGCCAUGUUGCACAAAGUGAUCUCUGUGCUGAGACGAUCAUAACGCCCAUACGUUAUAGCUUUGGCUCGUAAUACCUCAGCACCAACAUCAUUUUGUGGAACAGGUCUUCGAGUACUAUUAUUCAAGUGCAGCUUGGAACUCACUUGCCUUCAAGUGGGCAUUGUUGACCAGCGAGAAGGCAACCCUUAUGCAGAGUUGUGUCCCUUUAGUGUGCCCAAAUCAUGUGAUUGUGAGUUUGUAUAAGAUUAUAAUGUUCUUGGUUGUAAGCAACUUCAACAUGAGGACACCACUUUAUGGUGCAGAGUUGUUUGCAAAUAUUGAAAUAUUCCAUUACAAGUGUAUUUGUCUCUAGAGAGUAACAGUUAAUAUUACUGACAUUACACUUUAAGUGAGAUUUGUCUACAUUGUCAUCUCAUCUCUAGUUACCUGGAUCAGUAUGAAAUCAUAUCAAGGCAUUAUAUGUUACACUGCUUAAUCUCAAUAAAGUAUGUAGAAAGAU